UGUUUUUGUUGCUCUCUAUAAACAAAGUCUACAUUUGUUUGUUAUUUAUUAUAAUUAAUAAAUAAGCAAGAUUCAAAUAAGAAAAAGAUAAUAUAAGCGCUUCAUCUAGAGAUCUAUCGACUAUAUGUUUCUUGGAAAUACGUGAAUCAUGAGCAUUAACUGGAUAAAGAUCACCGAAAGAGCCCGCGAGGGCAUCAAGAUCAUCAACGCCCUGCCCUACGAGACCUUCACCACGGUUCUGUGGUACACCCACCGGCAGAUGAGUCCCAGCGGAGCCUCGGGAGCGGCGGCGCCGGGUGCCACCAGUUGUACGGUGGGCACCAGCGUGACGACCACCGGACGGGCGGACAGCAGCACCGAGGAGAACCCCACGAGCAGCUCGGAGCCGGAGUACACGCUCGAGGAACUGGAGCGACUGGUGGGCGUGCCGCGGCCGGACUUUCUGCUCCUGAUCAAGACCUUCUCCUACAUCCUGCGACGCAUCUCCACGUUCAUCAUCAAGCCCAGCCUGCUGCAGCGGGAGCUGCGCGAGAAGCUCCAGCUGGAGGACGAGGCCAAGAUCGAUGCCAUUUUGCGGCUGUGGGUGCGCGAGACGACGCCCAUUAUGAACAACUUGGCCAGCAAGCGGUACGAGUCGAAUGUCAUUGAGGAUGUGGCCUGGAAACUGAACGUGGAGGUCUCCUCGCACUGCCAGCAGCGGGAGAAGACGCCGCUGGCCGUGCUCCAAAUGAAGACGGGCGUCGGCGAGGAUAUCAACAUCGAGAUGACGCACCCGGAACUUGUCGAGCUGUACAAUCAGUUCGAGAACAUCCAGGGCGAACUGGACGCCAUGCUGGCCAUGAAGGCUCCGGAUGCAGCUGCUCAGUAGCGGGACACCGUCGACUUCUCAGUGCCAAUUUAGUUGCUAGUUCACACAAUCCCUGUGCAAAAAGAUGGACCUAAAAGUAUGCAAUACUAACACGAUCGUAGCCAAAUGUUAAACACUUUUUAAAUUGAAUUUUUACCAAUUUAUGGUUAGUUUUCCCCUUUGUAGCCAAAUUUCAUAGAUUUUUAAAUAUUUUGGUUCUUUAAAUUCCUGAUUAUCAAUAUGUUUCAAUGUUAUUAGAGAGAGUUCUUCAAGAUCUCCCAAAUAAGACUAGCAAAAAACGAUGCAAACGACACGGAAAAUAAAUAAUUUAGUAUUUUAAACUUUUGUAAUUUCUUAAUUAUCAUGACUUACCCUCGGAAAAUGCAAAAACCUUUAAUAAAUUUAGACGAAACUAGA